UUAUUCCUCUUCUCUCCGGAGCUUCAUUCCUGUGCACGAUCCGAGCGAAACAGACGGUUUAACGGAGCAGCCAGAAGCGGAGAGAUUCGCUCAGGGAAUAAAUGUCUGAGAGCCGCGCGGCUGUUUUCUUCACGGGAAUACCACUGGGUCGCGGACGCACGUGAGCACGCACAAGCUCAUAUGGGACCACUUGGCAUGUUUCUGACUCCUCCGCUCUGAAACGCAGACAGAAGUAUCGUGGAAUCUCUCGGAGCAGGUUGUUGUUUUGUAGCAGACUCCAAACGGCAGCGGCGUCUGGAUGGUGACCGCGGACUGGACUACCUGCUCUCCUGUUUGCUCAGCGCGCAGGGAAGGGACUGGGAGACGUGCGCCCGCUGCCUGCGUGCUCUCUGGGUUAAUAGGGCGCCUUGGGGAUCAGUGACAGGAACAGAAAAGCGGAGAAGGACUUCUGUUAUUUUUUUUAUAUACAUUUUAUACCGAGGGGUGGUAGCUAUUUUCUGCGAACUCUCACAUCUGAGCGUUUUUGGUGAAUGAGGAUAAGUCUGAUCCUGGAGCCUUGACGCAGCAGCUGGAGGACUAGGACGGGAGUGCGGGUGCGGGUUCGUGGAGCGUUGGGUGACCCCGGGAUUGUUUUCUUUUUUUUUUUUACCGUCACUCUCUUCUCAGUCGCGGCUCCAUUUUCAUGUCCAAGUUGACCACUUUGUGACAAUGGAUUACCUUCUGCUUUUAUGCAGCCUCUUAGUGUCAGUGGUCUCUGCCGUUGAAGAGACGCUGAUGGACACAAAAUGGGCCACGACAGAGUUAGCGUGGACUGCACACCCUGAGACUGGGUGGGAAGAGGUGAGUGGCUACGAUGACGCCAUGAAUCCCAUCCGGACGUACCAAGUCUGCAACGUACGAGAGCUCAACCAGAAUAACUGGCUACGUAGUGACUUCAUCCCACGUAAAGAUGUAUUGCGUGUAUACGUAGAGAUGAAAUUCACAGUUCGUGACUGCAACAGCAUUCCCAAUAUACCAGGUUCCUGCAAAGAGACCUUCAACCUUUUCUACUACGAGUCUGACUCAGACUCAGCCACCGCCACCAGCCCCUUCUGGAUGGAGAACCCUUACGUGAAGGUGGACACAAUUGCCCCGGACGAGAGCUUCUCAAUGCUUGAGUCUGGACGAGUAAACACAAAAGUCAGAAGUUUCGGGCCACUAUCCAAAGCUGGGUUCUACCUGGCCUUCCAGGACCUUGGUGCUUGCAUGUCACUCAUCUCAGUGAGGGUGUUUUACAAAAAGUGCUCCACCACAAUCGCCAACUUUGCAGUUUUCCCAGAAACAGCCACAGGAGCCGAGGCGACCUCGUUGGUCAUCGCUCCAGGCACUUGCGUUCCCAAUGCCCUGGAGGUGUCUGUGCCACUGAAGCUCUACUGCAACGGAGACGGAGAGUGGAUGGUUCCUGUAGGAGCGUGCACAUGUGCAGCUGGUUUUGAACCAGCCAUUAAGGAAACCCAGUGUCAAGCUUGCGGUCCCGGCUCCUUCAAGUCCAAACAAGGGGAUGGCCCCUGUUUUCCCUGCCCAGCCAAUAGUCGAGCCACCUCUGGAGCAGCCAGCAUUUGUUCCUGUCGCAACGGUUAUUAUCGCUCUGACACAGAUACUCCAGACUCCCCGUGCACCACUGUUCCAUCGGCCCCACGCAGUGUCAUCUCGAGUGUUAACGAAACAUCGCUGCUGUUAGAAUGGAGCGAACCUCGGGAUAUGGGCAGCCGUGAGGACAUCUUCUAUAAUGUCAUCUGUAAGAAGUGCCUCCCUGAGCGAGGAAUGUGCUCACGGUGCGAUGACAACGUCGACAUCUCUCCACGCCACCUGGGCCUGACUCAACGGCGCGUGACGGUCCGUAACCUCCAAGCCCACACGCAGUACAGCUUUGAGAUCCAGGCGGUCAACGGCGUGUCCAACAAGAGCCCCUAUACGCCACAGUUUGCUACAGUGAACAUCACCACAAAUCAGGCUGCUCCUUCUGCAGUGCCCACAGUUCAUCUAAUGGCAGCCACAGCAAGCACCAUGAGUCUGUCCUGGCUUCCGCCAGAAAAACCCAAUGGAAUCAUUCUGGAUUAUGAGAUUAAGUACCAUGAGAAGGAUCAAGGUGAAGCCAUUGCCCACACCAUGACUGCCCAAAGGAGCAACGCCCGUAUUGAGGGUCUUAAGGCUGGUACACCAUAUGUGGUUCAAGUUCGGGCCAGAACGGUGGCUGGUUAUGGCCGUUACAGUAACGCAGCAGACUUUAGCACCAAUCUGCAAAGCGACCCACCCAAGUCAUGGCAGGAGCAGCUGCCACUUAUCGUUGGAUCCAUUACAGCAGCCUUGGUCUUCAUCAUUGCAGUUGUGGUCAUCGGUAUUGUCUGCCUCAGGAAACAAAGAAACGGUUCAGAGUCAGAGUACACAGAGAAGCUCCAGCAGUACAAAUCCCCAAUAGUAACGCCGGGAAUGAAGGUCUACAUUGACCCCUUCACCUACGAGGAUCCCAAUGAAGCAGUGCGCGAGUUUGCCAAGGAGAUUGACGUGUCCUGCGUGAAGAUCGAGGAGGUCAUUGGCGCAGGUAACCCACCAAAGCUCCUGAGCUACAGGGGGAAGACUGCUAGUCACCUCCAGGCCAUACCAUUAGAGGACUUCACACCAAGCGGAGAGUUUGGGGAAGUGUGCCGAGGUCGACUAAAGCUGCCUGGGCGCCGGGAAAUCAUUGUGGCCAUCAAGACUCUAAAGGCGGGCUACACCGAUCGCCAAAGGCGAGACUUCCUGUCUGAAGCUUCCAUCAUGGGCCAGUUUGACCACCCCAACAUUAUUCGACUGGAAGGAGUAGUUACCAAGAGUCGGCAAGUGAUGAUUGUGACAGAGUUCAUGGAAAAUGGAGCUCUGGACUCUUUUCUAAGGCUUAAUGACGGGCAGUUCACAGUGAUCCAGUUAGUUGGCAUGUUGCGUGGCAUCGCAGCGGGCAUGAAAUACCUCUCAGACAUGAACUACGUGCACAGAGACCUGGCUGCCCGCAACAUCCUGGUUAACAGCAAUCUGGUGUGCAAAGUGUCAGAUUUUGGGCUGUCCCGAUUCCUUGAAGACGACCCCACAGAUCCCACCUACACUAGCUCACUGUAUUUCAUGCUUACAUACUCAUUCGCAUAUCCACAGGGCGGGAAAAUCCCUAUCCGCUGGACGGCACCUGAAGCUAUCGCCUACAGGAAGUUCACCUCAGCCAGUGAUGUCUGGAGCUACGGCAUAGUCAUGUGGGAAGUGAUGUCGUACGGUGAGAGGCCGUAUUGGGACAUGAGCAAUCAAGAUGUGAUAAAUGCUGUAGAGCAGGACUAUCGGCUGCCCCCACCUAUGGACUGCCCCACAGCCCUACACCAGCUUAUGCUGGACUGUUGGGUGAAAGAGAGGAACCUGCGACCCAAAUUCACACAGAUUGUGGCCACAUUGGAUAAACUUAUUCGCAACGCAGCCAGCCUCAAAGUGGUCACGAACAGCACACAGUCCACUGGGGUAUCCCAGCCAUUGCUUGAUCGCUGUGUGCCAGACUAUACCACUUUCACGACUGUGGGGGACUGGCUGGACGCCAUCAAGAUGAGCCGCUACCGUGACAACUUUGUCAACGCCGGAUUUGCAUCCUUUGACCUGGUGGCCCAGAUGACGGCAGAGGACUUGCUGCGAAUAGGGGUGACGUUGGCUGGUCAUCAGAAGAAAAUUCUAGGUAGCAUUCAGGACAUGAGACUACAGAUGAACCAAACACUUCCUGUCCAGGUGUGAGCAGCAGGACACACGAGACGGAUGCAGUCAAAGGACAGCCAGACAAGGGGAAAAACUGUGACAGAGGGCCACUGGAAAACCCUAGCUGCCUGACCCAUCUUUGCCAACUAGACACUAUUAAACUGGCUUGGAGUGCCUAAGAAUAGUUUUUUUUUGUAUCUCAAUACCACUUACAUUUCUUGUUCCAACUCUUUUGUUGUUUGCAUUCUUUCUUCCUUCCAUCCAAAAUCAAUUAGUAUGUUUUUGAAAGAAGAGGACUUCCACCCCCCCCCUGAAUCCCAUGUGUGCCUCACCAACUCUGGAACGGGUUGAUGUUUGCAUGCAUGUUGUUUUUUUUUUUUUUUUGUCAAGUUGGCCUUAGUCGAGCUCUGAUCCUCAUGCAAAACCCUCUUUUCUUGACCUUCUGAGUUUUAAGAAGACAUGAUAAAGGAUGAACUUCCCUUGCAUAAAAGUUAUCAAGGUGAUAAAGACAUAUCUGUGCCAGACCACAGGAGGCGGAGGACAAUUAUUUCCCCACGAGAAGCUGUUUUACUGUGCAUGUGUGUUAUUCUUCAUCUUCAUAUUGAAGGUGUAUUAUCUAAAAGGGCAGUUGCUUGGAGAGGCCAGGAGUGGUGAAGGAAAACAUUUUAAACGGACUUCGGUCAAAGGUUGAGAGGAUGAGCCUCGUUUUUUUUGACACCUGCUUCGACUGUUGGGUCACCAGGCGACCUCUUCACUACGACCUGAAGUGACUUAGGAUCGUUCCGCUGUUUGGGAACACCUACUAAUCAACCGGGAUUUUCUUUAGACAUGAAAUCAUUUCCUCUUUCCACACAACAUGUGCUGUUUCCUUUCGAAGAUUUUGUUUUUUCUCCCUUACACAUUUUUGGGAGAAUUGUGGCCGGUCCAACCAGUGCCCUGUCUACUGGACACUUUAUGUGACGGGAAAAACAAGGACUCUGGCAACACUGUUUGAAUGACCUCCUGGCCUUUUGUGUGCAUUGUUUUUUUUUCAAUCCGAGUGUCUACUUGUGUGUGGGUGUGUGUGCACGAGUGUGUGUAUGGAUGAUUAAAGAGUGUUUGGUCAUGCUGGAGUGCACCAGGUUGCACACAAAUAUACUGUAAAAUACGGCUUCCGCAAUUUGACACCAUGGAGAAUUAACGCAUGAACUGAUCUGUAAUGAGCAGAAACUAUAUCUGAAAUAAUUACGCUAUAUUCUGUGGACAACUGUUAAACAUUCACCUUUCUUUAUUGGUUCCCCAAAACGGACUUUGAUCAAACACACACACACGCACAAACACACACAAUCAUGACUGAUGCUUUUAUUUCUGCUUAAUAUUAUCUGGAUUUAGAAAUAAUGAAACCGUUCUUAUCUAUGUUUCUUGACAUCCUGCCCUGUGUAUUUAUUUGUACCUCACCCACCAACCCAUGAUAUCUCAUCAACAUAAAGAUGGAGUAGGCUUUUUUGAGAAAGUGAAUCAAUCAGAGAGAAGAAGAAACUCCAAGAUGACAUGAUGGUUAAUAAACAAGUUAAUUGCCUAUAUACUGGAUUUUGUAUUUUUGUUGUUGUUCUAAACAGCCUGUACAGGUUUUGUAACUAAAGUAAGAUAAAUGACUAAAGAAAGAGUCGUUUUAGAGUGUUUGUCUCAGAGUGAAUACAUCAGCGAGUAACGGGUGUCAAGAGAGAGAAAGAAAAUGAACACUGCUCAUGUUCAAUCGCUCGUAAUAACGUGCUGCCUUUUUUUCCGUUGCAUACAUUGUUAUAUCAGUGUUGACUGUCUAGGUGUGUACGAGUUGGUGUGUGCAGCAUGAACCUGAUAUUCAGCCUCCCCAGCUCCAUUUUCAUUCUCAACAUAAAGAGGGUUUGUGAAGCACUGGGCUGUUACUAAUUGUCUUCCAAGGCACAUAAUUUUCAUCUCCCGUGAACCACUCAACUGUUGGCCAACCCGUUUUACGCAAUCCUGUCAAGAGAUUUGUAAGGGAACAGGCCAGGGGAUAGUGUUGCAUCAAACUAGUCGCCUCACCUUUGUGUUAUUUCGGUCAGCCUCGGAGGAGGAUCUCUAUUAGAGGAGUUGCAGUUUUCUCUCCAUCCAGCAAGAUCCUCAUUAGAGAAUCCGCAGCUGUCUUACGGAAGAAACCUAUUGGUCUUUUCUGUCAGCUCGAUUAAUGCAGCAGCCAAUCAGGCGCUCCAGGGAUAUGAAUGUUCAACACACAGGCAUUUGCAGACUCAGGGCGGGCAGGCCUAUCAUUAUCUCUCAUUCAUUUCCUGUCUGGCCUGCAAUCACCCUGUCUCAAGCUCUGGGUGCUGCAUGAUUAGCACACAGCAGAAUCAACAGUGUGAGGAAUACAGGCCAGCCAAAAUCUGGAUCCAGCUUCAUCUUAACUGACAGCAGCUGCAACUCGGAGCCCGUGCUAUUUGUGCUUCUCACAGCAGGGUGUUUGGUGCGGGUGGAUUAGGGAGUGGGGCCGUAUCGCUGCUGUGAUCUUCGAGAUAGUCGGCACAUUUUUUGGAUUGGAGUUGAUCAAUGCAACAUGUGAAUACAAAUCCUUGAGAUAUUGCAAUGUUUUUUGGCACUGCAGUGGGUCUUUCCAGUUCUUUGAAGAAAAAUCAUAUGCAAGACGACAGCGGUCCCCUGUUUUUAAUGAUCAUUUUAUUCCAUGUGCAGAAUUUUACUGAUCUUAGUAAACUCAAGAAGAGCUUCCUAACCUGUAACAAUUCAUAGCGCACUCUUAGAAGUACAAUAGCAGCCUAACAUUUUUGUACUAAUACUGUACAGUAAAAAAAUGAAUUUGUCAUCAUCAAAGCGAUACAUUUAGAUUAUCUUAUUUGAAAAAAAUACCAACAUGACAAUAAUGUGUUGAAAAGGUGUGUUAAAGACUUUUAAAUAAAAGAAUUAUUCUCAAAUAUUUAUAUUAUCGGAGGAUCGCCAUGAACUUCCAAUAUGACUUUCUUCUUCUCCAGGCAUGUCAGUCUUUCAAUCGAUUUAGCUCCUCUGCUGCUGUAUCUUGUUUGUGAUACCAAAUCAGAUGCUGUUGAUGGGCUCUGAAAUACAGAGAAGUGGGCGGGAUAAAGGGGCUAAACACAAUCAGAUGGCAAACAUGCCACGCUCAAGAGAAGUGGUAGCCUGGAGCCUUUGUGAACUAUUGAUGAAGUGCACAUGGUGCUUUGAGGUCUGGAGCUGUGUUCACUAGACUCAAACUGGCCAUGAGUGAUGUGCUCAACUGGCAGCAUUUUCACAUAUUUAAAAGAUUAACCCACUUUAACUGCUAACAAUUAAUCUGUAGGUCGUUUUUUUUUUUUUUUCUUCAGAAGGCCGUGCAAGUUUUAUGCAUUUACUGUGCACAGAAAGGAAAAGAACCACAUUUCCUGACUUGUGUUAAUCCAUCAAGCUUCAUGUGGCUAAAAUUAAUAUGGACUGUUACAUUUGUGUGUGUGUGUGUGUGUGUGUGUGUGUGUGUGUGUGUGUGUGUGUGUGUGUGUGUGUGUGUGUGUGUGUUUGUGUGUAAAAACAAAACAAAAAAUCCUAUUUUAUAAGGAAACAAUUUGAUCACCAGAGUAUAGACUGUCAUGGUUAUCAUUAUGUGUGCCAAUCGGAAUCUAAUUAUCCAAACAUUCCUUACAUUUAUUUUCUUUGUUUUACAUAUAUUGCAGAUUACCACAGGUUACACUCCCUACUAAGAUUACCCUCCACACUGAGCACCCUCUAGCUUUGUUUCCAUGCAUCUCUAUUUUAAAUAAAUAUACACAGUGAUUUUUUUUUUUGUCCUCUAACAUGUCCACAGACCUGUUGUCUUUUGGUCCCGUUUAUGUUACUUCUUUUUGUUUUUUCCUAAUAAUAAGCAACAUUUUUUUCAGAGAGUACUGUACAUGAUUAGUAAAAUAGAAAUGGUGGUGGUGGAAGAAUGAAAUGAAAUUGUUACUUCCUCUUUGAAAAGCAUUGAGAUGUAUUUAAUGGUGCAGACAUACACAACGAAAAUUACUAAAAGAAGAUGCAUUCUUGUAGAAAUAUUUUUAAAAGACCCUUUUUUGCAAUUAAAUUAUUUAAGAAACAUGA